AUGUUAAUCUCGAUUUUUAUGACUAAAUGUGUUCUAUCUUCAAUCUAUCCGCCAUAUAGCAGAUUUGAUGCUUACAUGCGAGCGUGGGACUCUAUAGGAAAGCUCAGUAUGUUAAAAGAAUACGAUCGGAUUGCUGAUGUUCUGCAUGAGUUGCGUGAUAUUGAUUUUGGAGUGAACCCCGGCUAUAAGGCUAGCCCACCUGAUUACAAGGGAUGUGAUCCAAUGCAAAGGGGAAAACAUCCGGUCAAAUGUAAAAAUGUCAUGGAUAAGUUAAACGCAGUUUAA